GACGAGAGCACCGUCGUACGGCAUGAAAAGCCUUGCAGCAAUCUAGCGUCCGUUUCGCGAGUAGUUGGCUGACCCAGUAUGGAAGUUGGUUAUUAGGUUGCCUAGGUGCAGCUGAAGGAGGAAAUAGGGUCCCAGAUACUUUGCUGAUUUUGUGGAACUUGCGCCAAGAUGUCCACGCAAAAUAGGCUUCCGGUGGUGCCUACCGUCACCGUUUUGACGGUGAUGAAGGCUCGCCUUGUAGGUGCUACUAAAGGUCACGCUCUGCUAAAGAAGAAGGCAGACGCGCUGACCAUGCGCUUUAGGCAGCUGCUCAAGGAGAUUAUCGAUGCCAAGGAGAACUUGGGAUCUACUAUGAAGGGCUCGUUCUUCGCGUACACGGAAGCUCAGUACGCGGCUGGUGAGAACGUCAAGCACACCAUCAUGGACAAUGUAGACACGGCUGUGGUUAAGGUUCGCGGCGACCUGGACAACGUGGCGGGUGUGAAGAUCCCCCGCUUCGAGUCCUUUGUGCUGCCUGGGGAGACCAAGAUGGACCUCACAGGUCUGGGUCGCGGCGGGCAGCAGCUGCAGAGCUGCCGCAAGGCCUACCUCAGCGCGGUGGAGCUGCUGGUGCAGCUGGCCAACCUGCAGACCGCCUUCAUGACCCUCGACGAGGCGCUCAAGGUGACCAACCGCCGAGUGAACGCGCUGGAGAACGUGGUGAAGCCCAAGCUGGAGAACACCAUCUCAUACAUCAAGGCCGAGCUCGACGAGUUGGAGCGCGAGGAGUUCUUCCGGUUAAAGAAGGUGCAGAAGAACAAGCAGAAGCGGACGGCGCAGGCGGCGGCAGAGGAAGCCGAGGCCGCUGCUGCCAACGGCGCCUCCUCCUCCUCCGCGAGUGACCUGCAGCUGCCGCCCUUCAACGGCCCCAACCCCAACGGCGUGCAGCCGCCCGCCUCCUCCAACCUCCUCAACUACCAGGAGGAUGACCUGCUGUUCUAGAUGCGGGUGUGUAGAUGGGUGUGUAGAUGGACACCCGCAGCUAAUGAACUGCUGCUGCUCCCCUCUGGGCAUUAAGGCACAGCCUGCUUGCUACUUGCUCCUUAGGUGCUCUACGCAGCGCAGCCCUCUGGAGCUCUUCGGUAUGCGGUAACAACCCGGAGGGAAUAACCGUGGAGGUCGAAAGACGCAGCAGCUGUCUACUCUACCGGUAUCUUGGCGGCCAGGGCGGCAUGGAGCAGUACAGUGGCAGUGGAGCA